AUGGCUUACCAUUGCAACCGGCAAAAUAAGCAUCCUCUUCCCACUUCAAUCCUUUUCUUCAAGAUUAUUCUUCCGACAAGUCUUCAAGAUGGAAAGCUUAUGAUCCCAAAAAAAUUCACUGGGAAAUAUGGUGGUGAGAUGUCAAACCCAGUGUUUCUCAAGCCUCCAGAUGGCACUGAAUGGGAAGUAUUUUGGAGUAGAAAAGAUGGUUAUAUUUGGCUUCAAAAGGGUUGGAAAGAAUUUGCUACAUAUUACUCCCUAAAGCAUGGCCACAUGGUGUUGUUUGAAUACAAGAAAACUUCUCAUUUUGAGGACAACCUUGACCAGAUUAGUGAUGAUGACUCAGUUAAAAUUUCGGAUGAGUUACCACCAUGCCAUAAGACUAGAAUGAAAUCACCAACGUCUUCUCCUCAACCAUGUAAGAAAUUGACAACUGGCACAAGUCGAGGUGUUAAGAGAAGAGCCACUGAGCAAAAUCUGCCUCAUCAUGUCCAAAUUGAAGGUACAAACUAUGAUGAGUUUAAAUUUGCAUCUGUAAAGAAAGAAUCAGAUGAGGAUAUGGGUGGUACCACUGAACAUGACAACCUUGACCAGAACCAGAUUCAUGAUGACUCAGUCAGAAGUUUGGAUGAGACACCACCGUGCCGUAUGGCUAGACAGAAAGCACCAAUGCCUUGUCCUAAACCAUGUAAAAGAUUAAGAACUGGCACUAGUGGAGAUGUUGAAAGAAGAUCCACUUUGCGAAAGUUGCCUCAGCGUGUCCAAAUUAAGAGUAAUCAAUUUCACGAGGAAAUGGAUGGUACCACUGAAGGCUUAAAAGUGGAGCAGUCAACUUCUAAAAGUACUGAAGCUUUAAAGAAAACCACAACCUUCAGAUCUAAAAAACCCUCUUUCACGAUUGUCAUGAAGCCUUCCUAUGUUGAUCGACAUUGCUUGCAUGUCCCAGUACAAUUUGCUAAAAAGUAUUUGAAGAAAAAGGAAAGGAUUAUCCUUCUUCAGGUUUUGGAUGGAGGAACUUGGCAUUGUAGUUAUAGCCAGGGCAAAAUUGUUGCUGGAUGGAAGAAAUUUGUAUCAGAAAAUAAUUUGAAAGUGGGGGAUGUUUGUCUUUUUGAGCUGACCAACAGCCAAGGCCUUUCUUUGCAAGUACAAAUCUUGCAACUUGCAGAAGUACCCCAUUCCCCUCCAGUCCAAGAAUCACUUCAAGGAGAGGAAUCUAUUGGUUAUAUACCCUUGGAGAGUACUGUGAUGUUGGAAAGUAAAACUAUUAUUGCUAGAAAAUGUGGGAAGACAAAUCCCUGCCCCUUCACAAAUGGAGCUCUGAAAGAAGCUAAAAAAUUCACCUCAGAAAAUCCCUUUUUCAGGGUCAAUUUUAGGCUGGGAAAGAGACCGAAUGUACCAAUUCCCUUCAUGAGAGAGUACUUCAACAAGAAGACGCAGAUUGUGAAGUUUCAGUUUGGAAAUAAAUUGUGGCCUGUAAAGUUUUUGUGUUGUCAACACGGAAAUUCUAAUUGCGGGAAGUUUUCUAGUGGUUGGUUCUUGUUUGCAGAAGUAAGUAAAUUGGUAGAUGGAGAUAUAUGUGUGCUUGAGCUCAUCAACAGAAAAGAGGCAGUGCUUGAUGUUCAUAUUUUCAGAAACCACUGUUAG